AUGCAGAUAUCGCAUGACAUCUGGAUACAACCACUAGCUAAGCAUUGCGAAGCGAUGGGCCACAGUCUUGUGGAGCUGGCCAAGGGAGACGUCCACUUAGACCCGGAGCAAUCUGCAGCUCUCACCCUCGCCGAGCGAUAUCUAGCAAUUGGACGUAUCUCCCAUGGUUUUGGUCAUGUUACUUUACAGCCUGGGCUAAGCCGACACUAUAAGGAGCUGCCGUACAAUCCCGGCGGCCGCCAUGCCCGGAAGACUGUUACCACCUCGAAGAGUUGCUCGAGAUACUUUCACGUGCUCAUGCGCUAUGUGCAACGCCUUUCAAACAACACAAUCCAAAUCCAUGGGCCUCGGGGUCCCAAUUUCGGGUGCUUCAAGACGCGUUGGAGGAUUGGAUUCGCUUGUACUCAGAGCGCUCUUGUCAUGAUUAAUCGACUCCACCGGUCAAGUAAACCAUACGAAAGCCGGAUCGUUGAAGACUUGAAACUUGCCUUUGUGGCUCUCGGAGCCUUAAAGACAUUCUAUGCGCCAGCAGAACGUUGGUUAGACAUACUCUUCAAAGUCCAUGACACCGAAACGAAACUCCGGCUUCCAACAUCAGACGAUGUCGACCUACCAUUUGAUGGCUAUUUCAGCCGGUUUCUCGACAUAAAGGAGCCUCAAUUCAUGCCAUUAGACUUCAAUGACAUCGAUACGGAUGAAGAAUCUAGUGACGACACCUUACACUUUGGAAUUAGCCCCGAUUGCUCCUUGGAAAACGCUAGAGCUAAGACCGGCGACAAACGGCUAACUUCUCCUCAGGAUGCGCCGGCAUGGCUUCAAGCGUACACCGGACAUUUGACUGGGGAUAUUGAGACAACCGGUGGCAUGGGUUACGUCACAGAAGGGCCGUCCCUGCUAGCGCCCAAGGGAGAUUCGGGAAUGCUCAAAUCAGUCGCCGAGGGACAACUGUCUCAAGAAGGAGACUCGCGACAGCUUCUGCCGCCAACAAAAGAACUAACUAUAAUGGAGAUCGAGGCUUUAGCGUCUCAGUCGCCAGUACACAUGGCUGGGGCUAUUCUCACGUCCAUGUCAGGAAAGACGCCCCUUCAGGGAGAGAGUCUACAAGAAGUUCACAUGCAACCUCCUUGUUCCGAAUUAUCUCGUGAUGCAACUGCCAUUGACAUGGGGCAAGCAUUCUCAGAGUUCUUUGGCCAUGGCCCUUUGCCAACCUUUACGGAUGACCCUCUACUGAAUUCAGAACUGUCACUAUUCUUGGGUAUGGGUAUAAACUCGGUCAAUGGCGACGCUGACGCGUGGCCCGAUACAAGCGAAGGCAAUGUGACGGCGGCCUCCCCAUUGCAGAACCUGUAUUCAGAAAGGUGUUCGAUGCACCGGAUACGGGCUGCGGCUCCGGUGGCCAACCGUCCUUGGAAGCUCGAAUAA